AUGUCAAAAACCACAGUAAAAACAGUGUUGCCGCCAUUGGACGCUCAAGCUGAAUUUGAUGUUGUUAAAAUAGACAAACAAACAUAUCGUGGUGUCAAAGCAUUAGGAAAGAUAAGCAAAGAGAUUAGGGGUGUUUACGGAGGCAACAUUGCAGCACAAGCUAUCUUAGUUGCAUUGAGAUCUGCACCAGGAUACACGCCAAAUUCAUUCCAUUCGUAUUUCUUGAAAGCUGUGAAUGAUGAAAUCCCACUCAUUUGGAAAGUAGAAGAAGUAUCUUCGGGGAAAUCAUUUGCAGCAAGGAAUAUACUUGCAUCACAAAACGGAGUCGUAGUGUUUGCAGCAAUGGUUUCAUUAACCACUAAAAACUCAACAACAAAGACAAGCCAUAAGAAUAGUACCCAGAUGGACUACAGUAUUGCUCCAGGAAAGACGGUGUUAACUCAGAACCUCAGUGGUGUACCACUGACAUAUGUGGCAUCACCUGUGUUUUUAUACCUGAGAUUCUAUGAAAAGCAGAUGGAGAAGGACACGUAUGCUUUUCAAGUGAGAUGGGGAAUCAAGAAUGAUCCAAAUUACCACCAGGAGUUAAAAAAUAUUACCCCGGAAUUCAAAUUUGUCGGUCUUACCGCUUUGACAGAUUGGGCUAUAAUUGAGUGCCUAGUGGAACAUUUGGGGUUGAAUAUUUCUCCGCAAUUCGACACUUCCCUCGAUCACAGCGUCUAUUUUCACGAAGAUGACUUUGAUAUUGAUCAAUGGUUUCUGUAUGUGUUUAAGUUCAAGUGGAUUGGUAAUAAUAGGCUCUUGUUCAAAGCUGAUAUGUACACGGAGGACAACAACAAGCAUGUGGUGAGUAUCGUUCAGGAGAUGUUUUAUGUGAUCAAUUCCAAGUUGUGA